UCCAACCUCCAAAAAGUGCGCGCUCUCUCUCUCUCUCCGUCUCAGACUCACCCCAUUAACCAGACAACAAUGGAGGACGAUAAACCCGAACAAGACCAAGAGCCCGAUCACGAUCACACUGACUCAUUCAACGAUGCCUCUGACAUUUGCCAGCAGCUCAUGGACCGCUACGCCAAGUCCACGGCCGCCCAGCACCGCCACCUCCUCGCCACUGCCGCUGCCAUGCGCUCCCUCCUCACCGCCGAAUCCCUUCCCCUCACUCCACCGGCUUACUUUGCCGCUGCCAUUACUGCCAUUGAUGACGCCUCGUCUGCUUCCUCCCAGUCCUUGGACCCCACAGCCGUCGCCGCGCUUCUAGCUUUUCUCGCGAUAGUUCUCCCGCUUGUGCCGCCACAGAUGAUUGAGGCCGAGAAGGCGAGCGAGGCCGUGCAGGUGAUUGUGAGGCUCCUGGCGUGGGAGAAGGAAGGGCUCGCUGUGGCCACCGUGAGGGCUGGAGUUAAGUGCUUGGGGGUUUUGGUAGGUUUUUGUGAUUUGGAGGAUUGGGUCUCUGUGAAAUUGGGAUUUGAAACGUUGCUCAAAUUCUCCGUUGAUAAACGCCCUAAGGUAAGAAGAUGUUCGCAAGAAUGUCUUGAGAAGGUUUUUAAGUCAAUACAUAGUUCUACUGUUAUCAAGGAAGCGAGCAAACUGGUGAUGUCUAUGCUAAAAUCUUACAUGCCUUUGGCUGUUGAAUUAAGUAAUUCAAGGGGUUCUGUUGGAUCUAAAGAUGAUUUGUUGACAGAACCUAAAAAUGUGGAGGUCCUCCACAUGCUAAAUAUGUUGAAGCUUAUUGUUCCUUUUCUUUCCAUUAAAACAAGGUCAAAAGUUCUUUCAGAAGUAGAGAAACUCAUGAAACGUCAGUUCUCAUUGCUCACAAGGCACAUUCUCAAAACCAUCGAAACAUGUUUUGACACUGUGAAAGCUGAUGUUAUCGCACCCAGCACUGAGAACAUUGUGGUUUCUCUUUCAUCAUAUAUCUCUUUGGGAGAGAAGAAUCCUGCGGAUACUGUGAAGUCUGCCAUAACCUUGUUGAAACGUUCUCUUGACAUACUUCGUUCUGGAGAAGCAAGCUCUUAUAUUAAGUGUCUUUCGCUAGUUUGUGAUUCUGUUGCAGGACUUCUGACUUUUGAAGAUUCAAUUGCAUCGCAUGCUGCACUCAUAUUGAAAGAGGUAAUAAGUCAUCAUGUGGACCAAAGAAGCCCGUCGGAUGAUGAUACUCAAUCAUUUCAAGAUGAUGGAAAGGAGAGCAUUGAAGCAACUGCAAUAAAAUCCACAUGUGCUAUCUUGGAAAAUUCUCUUAUGAUUUGUGAUGGAAAACCCAAUGAGCAUAUUUUGGCUGUCACAUCUGCAUUGUUCCUUAAACUUGGAGGGAUCUCAUGUUACUAUAUGAAAAAUAUUCUGUUCAAACUUGCCGACUUGAUGACCCUUGCUAGUGGGGGUAAAUUCAACACUGUUCAUAUUCAGAGCUGUAUCGGAUCCGCAGUAAUUGCUAUGGGACCUGAGAAAAUAUUAUCAUAUGUGCCUAUAUCCCUUAACACUGAUGAUUUCACCUAUUCAAAUAUUUGGUUGGUGCCAAUUCUGAAAAAAUAUGUAGUUGGAGCGUCAUUGGAGUAUUACAUAGAUAAUGUCAUUCCCCUUGCAAAAUCCUUUCAGCAAGCCAGUCGUAAAGCUAAAGACCCAACAAUUGGUCAGAGUUUACAAUCGCGUGCUUAUGACUUGUGGGGAUUGCUUCCUUCUUUUUGCCAGCAUCCAACUGAUUUUUGCCAAAAUGUUGGACCUCUGGCUGAAGUUUUAAUUAAGUUUCUCAAAAAGAAUUCUUAUAUGCAUGAGAAUGUUGCUGUUGCUUUACAGGUUAUAGUAAAUCAGAACAAAAGUGCACUCAGCCAAAAAACUGAUGCUGCUGUGUCAGAGCCCGGUGUGUCAUUAGAAUCUGUUUCAAAGUUCAGCUGCCCACCAACUUAUUCAAAGAAAGUUGCAACAAAAAAUUUGAAGACUUUAGCAUCAUAUUCCAAUAAGUUGGUUCGGGCUCUAACAGACUUGUUUCUUGAGUCACCUCCUGAAAAGCGCUCAUUUUUUAAGGAUGCUAUUGGAUGCUUGACUUCUAUUACUGAUCCUUCUGUAACCAAAAAGAUUUUCAAGUCCUUGCUUGAGCAGUUUGGGUUCAUUGAUGAAAGGGGCGAGUUUGGAAAACCGGAGUCAGAGAAUGAAAGCACAUUGGUUGACAAAGAACCAGGGAAUCUAGACACCAUGGAGAAAGAUGCUCAAAGAUGUUUUGUUCUAGAGCUUGCGUCUUGUUUUGUUGAAGGAGCCAAAGAGGACCUUAUUGAUCUAAUCUAUAACUUUAUUAAGAGCAGCUUUCAGGUCACCAAUGAGAUUGGUCAUCAUCAAGCCUAUCACACUCUGAGUAGAAUUUUGCGGGAGCAUGCUUGGUUUAGUUCGUCUCGAUUUUCUGAGCUGAUUGAUUUCUUACUAGGCUUUAAAUCUUCUACUGAUGUUGCUACUCUAAGGAGUCGCUUUGCUUGUUUUCAUCCUUUAAUGGUUCACACAUUGAAGAUAGACUCAGAGGAAGAAAAUGCAAAGGCUUUUCUCAUUGUCAAUGAGAUCAUACUUACACUAAAGGAUGCCAAGGAAGAGGACGUAAGGAAAGCAGCCUAUGAUGUACUACUUGAGAUAGGUUCCAGCUUGAGAGACAUGGCAUCUUUCACUUCUGAAUCUUCUGAUACACCUUACCAGAAACUAAUUAACAUGGUAAUGGGCUAUCUUUCUGGUACAUCUCCUCAUGUAAAGAGUGGAGCUGUGUCUGUGCUAUCAGUGCUGAUAUACAAGGAUACAGAGAUUUACCGCUCAAUGCCGGAUCUUAUUCCCUCUAUUUUAACUUUGCUGCAGGGCAAAUCUGUCGAAGUUAUAAAAGCUGUUUUGGGUUUUGUGAAAGUACUAGUAUCUUGCUUAGAGGGUAGGGAUUUGCAGCAUCUUCUUCCUGACAUUCUCAAAGAAGUUUUACCAUGGUCUUCUGUUUCAAGAAACCAUUUCAGAUCGAAGGUUACUGUCAUAGUAGAGAUUAUGAUCCGGAAGUGUGGGUUUUCUUCAGUUACAUCAGUUGCUCCGGAGAAAUAUAGGCGCUUUCUGAAGACUGUAAUGGAGAAUCGCCAUGCCAAGACAAAUCUCAAAGAUGAGGCUGAACCCAUCACUGAUAAAGAAACACAACAUUCUACCAAGAGGCAGGGGAAGAGGGAUCGGAAUGAGUUGGAUACAGAACCUAAGAAAAAUGAAAAAGCAGUGAAAGGUCGAUUUGAUAGGAGUAAAAAAUUUAAUAAAGGAAAAUUUGAUCAAGUUCCUCCAAGUGGUCAAAAGAGAAAAUUUGAUCAAGGCCCCCCAAGUGGUCAAAAGAGAAAAUUUGAUCAACAAGGACCCCCAAGUGGUCAGAAGAGAAAAUUCGAUCAAGGGCCUCCAAGAGGUCAAAAGAGAAAAUUUGAUCAAGGGCCUUCAAGUGGCCAAAAGAGAAAUAUGAACAUGGGCAAGAAAGGAGGUUUUAAAAAAGCAGCCCCUGGUUCCAUGCCCAAACGAAGCAAGUUUGGGAAAAGUGGAGAUAGGAAACAAGUAUAGAAGAGUAUAGGAUCAUCCAUUAUUAGGUUAAAGUUUUGGUGAGUUAAAUUGUUUGGCAAGCUAUUCCUGGUUCUGUUACGAUCUCGAUCAAUCGCUGAGUAAGAUGAUUAUUUUUCUGCUCAAUUUAUUUCUAGCAAAACUCCUAGCAUAGAUUAGAAGUGUUGAUAAUGGUUGGUCUCUUAGGAGUCGCAAUCUAAUUCACCAUUUGUUAGUGGAGGAGCUUUAUGAAGCAAUGGCGUAGUCCAGUCCAUUCUUAACAUCGUGGCUAGGGAUGGUUGCGAGGCCAAACGUAAAUUUUGACCGAUUUAGAGCAUGGUUUUUGUUUUUGUAUUGUAAUCUAUAUUUUGUGGCACAGCUUUCUUGUGGAAAAUUAAUGAAACUUUAUGAAAUGAUUAUAAUUCUAAAUCACAGAAAAGUAUAGAAUUUAUGUAUUUUUUAAA